UGAUGUGAUAAUCAAAAGAAAAACGUGCUUUCCACGGCAAAAAAAAAACAACAUUGAAUUCUUCGUAAAUAUUCGAUUCGGAUCGAAAAGAAAAAAAAAUGGAUAAAAAUUUAGUUAAUCAUCAGAUUGUUUCGAUGCGAAAACCAGUGAAAAUUGCUCGUAACCGUAUUUUUCAAAAACUUUAUCGACAAAUUAAUCAGAUUAAGAAGAAGAUUAUUAAAUGGGAAAAUCUUGACAAUGUUGAUAAUGAUACAAAACAAAAACAUUUAAAUGAAUUGAAUCGUAAAUUACAAUCAAGACAAAUUGAUGCAAAAGAAUUGAAACCAAUUACACCGGAUACAAUUUCCAAACAGGCUUUAAUUCAUGAUGAAGAAUAUUUUGAUUCAUUAUUGAAAAAGUCAAACAUUCCAGUCGCCGAUCGAUUAAUAGCACGUGUUUGUCAACAAAGACAAAUUCAAUUGAUUGUAAAGAAAUUUCGCCUGGAAAAUCCUGGCUGUGAACAAUGGUUACCCGUACAGAUUGAACUUUGGGAAGAAAAACGUCAAAAUAAAUUUGGUAAAAAUUCAACCAAAACUGCUGUUGUUGAUAAACGACAACAGAAUGGAAAAAAAGAUAAACCGAAAAACAUUUCGCCUACUGUGAAUAACAUGAAAGAAAAGAAACCAAAACAAGAAUCACCGUUAAGCGAUUCAAAAAUGCCAUCUACACCAAAAUCGGCAAUGAAAAAAUUAAAUCCAAAAUCGUCAUCGUCGAAAAAAUCGCCAAAAUCUUUUACACCAACAUUUCAGGUUACACAAUUGAAACAACAACAAGAAGAUAAUCAAAUUUCUAAUUCUGUAAAAACUAAAUCUGCCGUAAUCAAAAGAAUUGAUUUGAAUUCAAAAUCAGAUAUAAUUAUCGACGACGAUGAGGAUGACAUCAAAAAUGAUGACCAAGAAAUAUCUCCGAAGAAAACACGUAUAAAUGAUGGAUUUUUUCUCGGCGAACAAAACGAUAAUCAACUGAACGAUAAUACCGAACAAGAUUUCAUUCAAAUGCGUGAUAUAUCCGAUGAUGAUGAUGAUGACACUGCGAAUGCAAAACAUAAACGAUUUAAUGGUGGUGGUGGUGGUUAUAAAAAGAAAAUUUCCCAAUCAACUUCAUUCGAUCGAUCAUCAUCGAUGAAUAAUAGUAGAAAAUCAUUUAUCAAUUAUUCAAAACAAAAUAAUAAAUCAUUUACACCGAAUGUUAAACGUCAAAGAUAUUUUGAUGUUGAUAAUCAACAUCAAACUAAAUCAUCUGAUUCAGCUAAGAUUCAUCCAUCAUGGCAAGCCCGAAUGCAAUCAAAAGAAAAGCAAAAAAUUUCCAUAGAUUUAUCUGGGAAAAAAACAACACCAAAUAAACAUAUAAAAUUUUCAUAAUUUAUCAAUCGAUUAUUUAU